AUGGUGGACGUGAAGCCGUCAUUGUUUACGGGCGCGACAAUGGCGAUUGAGUCAGAGGGGGAGAAGAGGUGGGAGGAGGUGCUGCGGAGAAUGCUUCCUGCGGGAGCUCCAUUACCGGAUGAAGAGCAUCUCGAUUACUCGAUCGCGGUCGAGUACCACGGCCCUCCGGUACCCUUCGAGGUCCCCAAAGUUGAGCCUUUGGACAUCGACUCGCUUUCGAUUCGGAGCUCUUCUCUGGUUUCUGUGUCAGAGUAUGCUCCAGUUGCUAAGGUGGUUGCGCCGAUUAUUCCGGUAGCUCCAAAGGCUUCGAGGUUUAAUAGAAUUCUUAUUGGAGGGGGCAGUGGGGAAUCGAGGAGAUCUCCUCAGGUGGAGAGCCCGAGGUCGUCUGUUACGAGGACGCGAACUGAAUCUCAGGGAGAUGAGCCAAGAGAAUCAGACUUUGGGGAUGAAGGAGCGGACGAAGCGUCGAGUCUUGGGGGGUCGUCGUCUGUUCGAGAGGCGAAUUCACCGACAAGGUCUCCUCUCGUUGGUUCGCCAAAGGCCACAGGUGCGGGGCGGCGAGUGGCGUUCAAUACUGCAGACGAUUGGGGAGAUGAGGAGGAGGAGGAGGAAUUGCCUUCUACUAGGUCUAGUGUUGUUGACCAGGCAGGGGCCCCGGCUGUGGUUCAGCGGAAGAAAAAUGUCUGUAGCAGGUGUGGGAAGGGGAACAGGUUGAAGGAGAGGGAGACUUGUCUGGUAUGUGAUGCGAGGUAUUGCAGCAAUUGUGUUCUGAAAGCGAUGGGCUCGAUGCCGGAAGGCCGGAAGUGUGUAAGCUGCAUUGGGAAGCCGAUAAAUGAGUCGAAGCGAUCGAGUUUGGGGAAAUCUUCGAGGAUGUUGAGUAGACUGUGUAGUCCUUUAGAGGUUAGACAGAUAAUGAAAGCAGAGAAAGAAUGCUCUGCGAAUCAGCUUCGACCUGAGCAGCUUAUUGUGAAUGGGAGGCCUCUUAGACAAGAAGAACUGGCUGAUAUUUUGGGUUGUGCUUAUCCUCCUCAGAAGCUGAAACCUGGGAGGUACUGGUAUGACAAAGAUUCUGGACUUUGGGGAAAGGAGGGAGAGAAGCCUGAUAGGAUCAUAAGUUCAAAAUUGAACGUCGGAGGAAAGCUACAGCCAGAUGCAAGCAAUGGAAAUACACAAGUAUUCAUCAAUGGGCGUGAAAUCACAAAGAUAGAACUCAGGAUGCUGAAGUUGGCCAAUGUGCAAUGCCCCCGGGAUACUCAUUUUUGGGUGUAUGAUGAUGGAUCUUAUGAGGAAGAAGGUCAGAAUAACAUAAAGGGCAAUAUAUGGGGAAAGGCAUCAACUCGAUUCAUUUGUUCAUUAUUCUCAUUGCCCGUGCCACCUGGAAAUGCUCCUGGACAAAGAGAAGAUGCAACUACUUUCUCAAGUAGGUCUGUGCCUGAAUAUUUGGAACAGAGAAGAGUCCAGAAGCUUUUGUUACUUGGUUUGGAAGGUUCUGGAACAAGCACUAUCUUCAAGCAGGCCAAGUUCUUACAUGGAAGCUUUACUCCAGAAGAGCGGCAGAAUAUCAAGCUUAUGAUACAAAGCAACAUGUACAGAUAUCUUAGCAUAUUGCUUGAGGGCCGGGAGCGUUUUGAAGAGGAGGUUUUGAUGAGAAAAAAGGAUACUGCAUUAGAUGCUGAAGAUUCUGACCCAGGAGAAUGUGGAGCCAAUGAAAGUAAGCAAUGCAUCUAUUCAAUUAACCAAAGAUUGAAGCAUUUCUCUAACUGGCUACUAGAAAUUAUGGCUAUGGGAGAUUUGGAUGCUUUCUUUCCUGCUGCAACCCGUGAGUAUGCCCCUGUUGUAGAUGAAAUUUGGAAGGAUCCUGCUCUUCAAGAAACAUACAAGAGAAGAGAUGAAUUGCAUUUUCUUCCUGAUGUUGCCAAUUAUUUCUUAGAUCGGGCCAUUGAGAUAUCAAGCAAUGAGUAUGAGCCUUCAGAGAAAGACAUUUUAUAUGCUGAAGGAGUCACCCAGAGCAAUGGUGUAGCCUUCCUUGAAUUUACAUUGGAUGGUCAUAGUCCUAUGUCAGAGAUAUACCAUGAAAACUUCGAAUGUCCUCCUCCACAGACCAGGUACCAACUAAUUCGUGCAAGUUCAAAGGGACUAUAUGAUGGCUGCAAAUGGCUGGAGAUGUUUGAAGAUGUGAGAGCUGUAGUCUUCUGUGUUGCCCUAAGUGACUAUGAUCAGUUGUGGUCCCAUGGCAUGGGUCCAAUGUACAAUAGAAUGAUAGCAAGUAGAGACCUGUUCGAGAGUGUGGUGAGACACCCUUGCUUUAUGGAUACCCCCUUUAUUCUCCUUCUCAACAAGUAUGAUGCAUUUGAGGAGAAAAUCAACCGGGUUUCUUUAACAGUUUGUGAGUGGUUUGGAGACUUCAGCCCAGUGAAGCCCCAUCAUAACAACCACUCCUUGGCUCAUCAGGCAUAUUUCUAUGUGGCAAUGAAGUUUAAGGAUCUAUAUGCCUCCAUCACCAACCGGAAGUUGUUUGUGUGGCAAACCAGAGCCCGUGAGCAUAGCACAGUAGAUGAAGCAUUCAAAUACAUUAGAGAGGUUCUUAAGUGGGAAGAUGAGAAGGAUGAUAACUAUGGGAUUGGUGGUGAAGAUUCAUUUUACAGUACAGACAUUAGCUCCUCACCAUAUAUUAGGCAGGAGUGACGGAGUGAGUUUCAUUCUUUUGUUGCGGUAGUGGGCCUAGUUUUCAUGCUUACUGCUGUUUUGAGUAAGAAGACAUCAAUUAUCUGAAUUGGAGAAAUCUCAGAGCCCAUCUAGCAUUAUCUAUUCGGAUACAAUUGAUAAAGUCUGAAGCAGGAAACUGAUUUGGCUGAAGUGUAACUUGUAAGGAUGCUUUUCAGGAUGGGGCCGCAUUGGCUGGGAUUGGCUGUGUAUGUGCUCGUGGUCUCAGAGAAAGCCUAUGUGAGCCAAGUUUGUUGGUGAGAUAUUAUGUUGCUCUGUAUAUUCUAAGGUUUAUAUUCUUUGACUUGAAGCUUGUUUUCUCAAAUAAAAUUAUAUUUACUUAUGUAGUGAGAGUGCGGCUCUCAUUUAAAGGGAUACAGUGCUUUACUAUGCUUAUUUUCCUUCUUUCAUCCUAUCAAACUUUGAAUGGGCAUUUUAGUAAUUUUACCUA